AUGUUCAGAAAAUUCUACUUUUUUAAUAUCUAUUAUCAUGUCCAUAUAGAUGUACCAAAAUAUAUAUACAACCUCUCCGAUGGAAAUGUGUGCCCUUUUCAUCCAACAGAGAGCACGGAGUCCAUUGGGGAAUACCUCUGCAGUGACUUUCACAAAAAUAUCUCCUUCUACGCAGAUGUCAAUAACAAAUUAUUUGCCUUCAUAAAGGUAGACACAAAAAAAAAAGGAUACACAGAUUUAUUGACAAAAUUUUAA